CGAUUCCCGAUUCGCGAUCCGACCACCCGGACACAGCACCUUGACGGCCACACAGCAGGGUUUGGGAUUUUAACAAGGGAGGGACUGAACCGAAAGCCGCAAUAUCUCGCGCGACAACUUAAUUACUCUGCGCAUAUCCGAAACCUCCCAUCUCGGAUUCCAUCUACAAUACCCAGCAACCAACCCGAUACCCCAAUCUUCAAAAUGGCCGCCAUGACUGCUGCUGCCGCCCCCGCCAUGCGGCUCUUCAACCCCUCGACCUUCUUCCAAACCCUCAGGACACAGCGCUUCGGUGUCCCCGCCCUCAACUUCGCCGUGCCCGCCGCCGCCAUCUCGCUCCUCCCGUCGAUACCGUCGCUGCUCGAGGACAUCUGGGAGGGCAUCCUGCGCGCCGUGCCCAAGAAGAAGACGUCGCACAUGAAGAAGAGACACAGGCAGAUGGCCGGCAAGGCGCUCAAGGACGUGACACAUCUCAACCGGUGCCCGGCUUGCGGCAACCUCAAGCGGAUGCACCACUUGUGCUCCACCUGCCUGGGAAAGCUCAAGGGUUUCAUGGACCGUAAUGGUGGCAGCAACGCCAAGGCCUACUAAGCGGCGUAUGUUGAGUUGGAGAGGAGAGGGAGGAUGAUGGGAUCAGGGCAUGUGAUAAUGCCCGGGGAAAGAUGGCACUUGACUGUUGCUAUAUCCGUCCCAUACCACACAACAUCUGUGUACGAUCUAGGUGUCCAUGUGUGAAGCGAGACAAUGUAUACUAUUCUGUACAUAUACCAAAAGUGUCCGCGCCGGUAUCACUGAAAAGGGCACCGGUAGCGUUCCCAGGAUAUCGAUGAUACCACAUAACUUUGGGCUCAACG